UCCCUGACUUAGUAAGUGGUAGAUUGUCAUUGUCUUUAACCAGUGGGGUCAAUCAAAGAAGACCCCCAAAUCUUCAAUGAGUAUGUUCUGUGAUAGUGAAGGCACAGGAGAUAUAUGCACUAAUUCUAUUACACAUAGCUUUCCCAAACUAUUUUUUAUUCUCAAACAAGUUAAAUUAUGUAAAUUAUUUUAUCUCAUAGUCAAGGUAAGUAAAGUAAGUAUUUGCUUUUUUUCUAGCACCAAGUCCCUCAGUGGUGAGUGUUGACAUGCAUAUGGAAGAGAACAAGAAUGUUCACCACACCGACAUGUACAAGAGCUCCAACCUCAUUGUGCGGCGGAACCAAGAAUUCACCAUUACCAUCAAACUUGACCGUGCCUUCGAUGAACAGCAGGACAAUAUACAGCUGGAGUUCUUGAUUGGCAGUGCACCUGAUGAAAACAAGGGUACCUACAUCAUUGUGUUCUUUGGAAAAAAUAAAGGUGAAGUGCGCUGGCAGGCUCGUGUGGUGACCACACAAGGCAGUGAUGUAACCUUUGGCAUAACACCAGCAGCGAGCUGCAUCAUAGGCAGGUUUCGUACCUUUGUCACUAUAGUGUCCAAUUCUGGAAAACAACGCACCCAGAGGGACCCUGACACAGAUUUAUAUGUGCUGUUCAAUCCUUGGGACCCUGCGGAUCAGGUGUAUAUGCCCGAAGAAACCGACAGGCAGGAGUAUUUGUUGAAUGAAGUGGGGACUAUCUACAAUGGAGAAUAUAACAAUGUGACCUCUCUUUCAUGGAACUAUGGGCAGUUUCAAAAAGGAGUUCUGGAUGCUUGCCUUCUGGUCAUGGAUGCUGGCAAAGUACCUUUGAUAUACCGUGGCAAUGCCACUCAAUUAGCCCGGCAAGGCUCAGCUCUGAUGAAUGCCCAGGAUGAUGAUGGUGUCUUGGUUGGCAACUGGAGUGGCGAAUACAGCACUGGCACAGCACCCACUGCUUGGACAGGCAGUCCUGAAAUCCUGCUCAAUUAUGCCAGUGAAGGUUGUGUGCCUGUUUCCUUUGCUCAGUGCUGGGUGUUUGCUGGUGUUCUGAACACUUUCAUGCGCUGUCUCGGGAUCCCUGCAAGGGUCAUCACCAACUUCUGCUCCGCUCACGACAACUCGGGCAACCUGAAGACAGACAUUGUGCUGGAUGAAACUGGGAAAAUGGACCGAGACAAAACAAGAGAUUCAGUCUGGAACUACCACUGCUGGAAUGAAGUGUACAUGAAGAGGCUCGAUCUACCAGAAAAAUACUCUGGCUGGCAGGUGAUUGACUGCACCCCACAGGAGACCAGUGAUGGUCUUUAUCGAUGUGGCCCGACAUCUGUCAAUGCCAUCAAAGAAGGAGAGCUCAGCUUUCAGUUUGAUGCAAGGUUUGUCUUUGCAGAGCUUAACAGUGAUGUGGUUUUUCAUAAGUCUAAUAAGUAUGGAAAAACAAAGGUCAUCUAUGUGGACACCGCGUAUGUGGGAAAGCUCGUUGUGACCAAAAAGUUGAACAGUAGCGACUAUGAGGAUAUCACAUCUAACUAUAAAUAUCCAGAGGCUAGUAUCAAGGAGAGGGAGACCAUGCAGUUGGCAGAGAGUCGUGGUGUUCCUCCCAGGGAUUACGUCCCACUUGGUGAAGCUGGUGUGGAUAUAGAUCUCUACGCUGACACCAUCAAAAUGGGUGACAACUUCCCGCUGACCAUUAGCAUUAAGAACCGGAACAGCAAAACCUGCAAUGUCCAAUGCUGCCUCACUGGCAGUGUGGUGUAUUACACGGGGGUCACCAGCACCUCCUUCAAGUUUGAAACCAAAGAUGCAACUGUGCAGCCCCUGUCGACACAGACACUGAGGAUAGAUAUCCGAGCUGUGGAGUACAUGCCCUACCUGGUGGAACAGUCCAACCUGCACUUUAUUGUGUACAGUUACAUUGAGGAUAGAGAUGUGUCCAUUUCAAAGAUGAAAGUUGUCAAUCUCCGCCCUCCUGAACUUCUUAUACAGGUGACUGGAACUCCCCGGGUUGGCAAGGAUUUCAUGGUCAGUGUGGAAUUCAUGAAUCCCUAUAAUUUCACCCUGAAAGACGUUGAGCUCCGCCUUGAUGGACCUGAUUUGAUACAGACUAAAACUAAAAAAUACAAGCAGAUUUUACCUGGUGGCUCAGUGAAAUAUAAAGAGUCAAUCUUCCCUCUGAUUUCCGGGAAGAAAAAGCUAAUAGCAUGCCUGGACUGCAGUGCAUUGAGACAGGUCACCGCUCAGAUAGAUGUCGAAGUACUGAAAGUUUGA